CAUGGCGCUGCCCAGACCGGCCCGCCGACGUCGACGCCUGUCGGCCUCUUCGUCUCCCUCGCACGCAACCGAUCGGCGCGCACGGAAGGUCUUGGUAUCCAGGGCAGUCCCACAGCGUACGUCUACCAGCAAUCGGGUGGCACGAGAAGAGAAAACCAACAAUCAUGAUCGUCAUCGUCAUCGAAGUGGUGGUGGCGCGGCAACGGCAUAACCGCCAUGGCUGGCCCCUCGGACACCCGUCGCAUCCAAUGGAGCCGGCGGCUCUCUGUGGCCGCGGCCUGCCUGGCGGGAAUGCUGGUGCUCGCCUGUCUGGCGUCCGCCUUCAUCCCGCCGCCGUCGCCGGGAAGCCGCCGCCCCCCUGCCGCGCGGGUACCUGCGGACGCGCCGGCAGCGCCCCUUCGGACCCCGAGGCGACCCCUGCUGCGCUUCUGCACGUCGGCGCAGUGCCAACGGGAAGGACAGCGGCUGAACAGUUCGAUCGCGUGGAACCAGAACCCGUGCCGCGACCCCUACCGCUACGCAUGUGGCCGCGCCGCUCACAGCCAGGCGGCAGAUCUACGAAGAGGAGACGAGCGCCGCCUCAGCGCGCUGCUGUCCUCGACAGUGGCGCCACGGAGCAGGCAGACUGUGACUGAGAAAGCGGCCGCCCUCUACCAGGGCUGCCUGAAGACGGAGCUGCUGACGGCUCAGAGCAGCGACGCCUGGUGGGCGGUGGCGCAACGUUUGGGUGUGUCCCAGUUCCCGCUGCCGCUGGACCGGGAGCCCCCCGUGGCGCCCGAGCUGCUGGCCGGACACCUGCUGCGGCAUCUCGGCUUGGGGCCCCUGGUCGCCCUUCGACUGGGCACCCCGCCCGGAAAUCGCUCGGCAGUCGCCAUAUACGUGGAACCCCCUUCGACGGCUGCCAGCUGGCGCUGGAACGAGACGGCGUCCGGGCUGCAGGCGCUGACUCGACGAUCUCCGGACGGCCAAGUGGUCCGGGCCCUGGUCGAGCUGGACCGCACCGUGGCGCGCACUGCGGCCAAGGCCAGCCCACCCGUGGCCGCCUACGUGCCACGCUACCGCACCAUACGCAUCUUCAGCCUGCCCCAACACGCGAAGUGGCGCUGGCGGGAGGUGUUCUCUGCGCUGCUGGAAGACCUGGUAGCACCCCAGACGGUCAGCCUGGUGCUCACGGCGCCGGGCUACGUGGAGGAGGCGGCGCCGCUGUUGGCCGACGCCAGGCCCGCCGCGGUGCACAACUACCUCGCCUGGCGACUCGCGCUCGAGCUGGCUCCGCUGCUGCCCGUGCUGCCGGCAUCUGUGCUGCUCGCGGCAGACGGCGCCCAGCAGCGCCCCGAGCGGCGAUGCCUGCGGGAGCUGCGCGGCCUCAUGGAGCACGCGGCCACGGCGCUCCUAGCGCCGCAGCCGGGACCACAGGGUCGCACGGCUGCGCGCGACGUCCUAGCAGCGGCCACGGACCAGCUGAAGCGCCAGCUGGUCGACUACAUGUGGAUCGCCGAGUCGGUGAGCCAGCGGGCCGUGCAGAAGCUGAACGCGCUGCAGGCGCACCUGCUGUACCCUCCUUUCGUCGAAGACAAGAUGGUGCUCGAGCAGAUCUACCGCCAGGUUCCCGACGUCGGCGGCGACAACCCCGUGCUGCUCGAUUGGUUCCGCGCCCGCUCCGCGGUCAUGCUCAAGCGCUGGAAGGCGCUCGCCGGCAAAGGGUUGCCUCCGCUGUGGGAUGUACCAUACAUGGAGCCGGCCGUGCACUACUUCGCCGACUCCAACGAGCUGGUGGUGCCCGUGGGAGUGCUCCGUGAACCCAUCUUCUCGCCACCCGGCAAUGCCCUGCCUUUGGACGUCGCACGCUUCGGGUUCCAACUGGCCCGCCAACUUGCGCAGGCCGUUCUGUACCGCGGUGCCUUCCACGAUGAAUCCGGUGCGCUGAGCUUCUGGUGGGAACGUGGCAGCUUUGUGCGGUUGCAUCACGCCGAGCACUGCCUGGCGCGCCACCAUGCAGCAGACCCAGCCGAGGCAGUGCUCGAUCAAGUAGCGCUGCAGGCAGCUUACGCGGUAUGUUUCACACACACAAAUUGGCUCUUAGACAACAGUCCUGCAUGUUUUUACUGGCCACCAGAAAUAACAAUAAAAAAAUGCACAUGCAGCUGUACAAGCAGCGGCAGCAGGGCAGCCCUGGUCUCCAACUAGCUGCACUGCCGCACGCG